GAGACCGUCAUUCAGGUAUUCUUCAUUCACCAGCAGCAGAGGUGCUGUUUAAAUUUGGAAAGAAUACACAUUUCUUUACUUCACUGCAAAAAAAAAAAAAAGCCUCCAGGAACUACAUCUUUUUAAAGAAGGUCAUUUCUCAGAACUUGUGUUAACCUUUUACAUUUAAUUUCAUCAAACUGUAUUUUUUUUUCCCCCACACGAAAACCGCUUUUCCUUUCUGGGACCAGCACUUACUUAUCUGAUCAAGAAAGAUGGCAAACUCGGGACUGCAGUUGCUUGGGUUUGUCCUGGCUUUCGUUGGCUUUGUCGGUCUGAUUGCAUCCACGUCGAUGCCGGAAUGGAAGGCAUCAUCGUAUGCCGGGGACAAUAUCGUGACAGCCUUGGCGAUAUACGAGGGGCUGUGGAUGUCGUGCGCGUCACAGAGUACUGGACAGGUACAGUGCAAGUGGUUUGACUCGCUACUGCAACUGAGCGCCAUUGUCCAGACCACGCGGGCUCUGAUGAUCCUGGGCAUCUUCCUGGGGUUCUUUGCCAUUCUCAUUGCGUCGCUGGGUAUGAAGUGCACCACCUGCUUCGCCGACGACAAGCAGAAAAAAUCACGCAUUGCCACGAUUGGGGGAGCUGUCUUCAUCACGGCAGGUCUCUCGGCUCUGGUGGCUACAUCUUGGUAUGGUCAAAGAAUUGCACAGGAUUUCUACAACCCAUUUACUCCAACCAACACAAAAUUCGAGUUUGGCAUGGCUCUCUUUAUUGGCUGGGGGGCUGCAACACUCUGUAUCCUGGGGGGGGCCUUCCUCUGCAGCUCCUUGUGUUCGAAGGGGAGGCAGGCAGGCUCUCAGCAGUACCCCAAGACUAAAGCCAUGCCCCCAGGAGGAAAGGAUUACGUGUAGAGCCCCGAGGAAAUCAACCUGAGAGUGAGCAGGGCUCGAAUACAGUGGACUGGACAUUCAGCAUUCAGUAUCCCACUAUCUGAAAAGACAGCGUCCAGUUUAUAGACGCUUUGAGAUUUUUACAUUCUGAUAGGAUAAUCACUGUUCACAAGAACAAACAAUGCAAAAAGCACACCACUGUAUUUGCUAUUAACUGUUAUUUGUAUGGAUAUGUAUAUAUGUGUGUGUGUGUGUGUGUGUGUGUGUGUGUGUGUGUGUGUGU